AUGGCGUCUCAUGAUGGCUUUGUCUCUACAGUUUUGUGGGCAAUCUUUGUCAUUCAAGUAAUGGAAUUCGGUCAUUCCAAAAUUUCGACCAAUGUAAGUUGUAUUGGUGUAGAGAGGGAAGCUCUUCUGAAGUUCAAGCAUGGUCUCACCGAUCCUUCGAGACUCUUAUCGUCGUGGACAGGAGAGGAAUGUUGCGAGUGGGCAGGAGUCGAAUGCAACAAGAAGACCGGUCAUGUCUUGAAGCUCGAUCUUCAUAAUCCAUGUACUAAAGAUAUCUAUAUUGACAUCUUCAUACCUUCGGAUAUGUGCAGGCUGGGAGGUAACAUAGUUCCUUCUUUAACUGAACUGAAGUAUCUGAAGUAUCUAGACCUCAGUCUCAACAACUUUUCAACCCAAAAAAUCCCAAUGUUCUUUGCUACUCUUCAGAAACUGGAGUAUCUUAACCUCUCAAAUGCAGGCUUCGAUGGAGAUAUUCCUAAGCAGCUCAAUAACCUUUCCAAGUUACAGUACUUGGAUCUUAGUACUGACUCCCUUUUGGAUUAUUUAACCUCGAACGACCUUGAUUGGGUGUCGAAAUUAUCUUCCUUGAAAUACUUGCACAUGUCCGGUGUUGGCCUUUCGAACGCCAAAGAUUGGUUCGGUUCCAUUAACAUGCUUUCAUCUUUGCAAUCUUUAGGAUUGAGCAAUUGUCAUUUGCAUGAUAUUUCUAGCUCUUUGCAGGCCAAUUUCACCUCCCUUAGAUUCCUUGAUAUAAGUUAUAAUUAUAUAAAUUCUUCUAUCCCGCCAUGGAUCUAUAACUUGAGCAAGCUAGAACAUAUUGAUUUGUCUUCCACCCUUCUUUCUGAAAGCCCUUUUCCCUUGGCAAUCAUUGAGAAUAAUCAAAGGCUUGCCUUCUUUGAUAUGUCUCAAGAUUCACUACAAGGUGGAUUUCCAAAAAACUUUAGCAGUCUUUGCAAAUUGCAAGUGGUACGAUUAAGCAUGAACUACUUCAGUGGGAAUAUCUCCGGCAUUUUAGGUGGUCCCCUCGGUUGCGUACAAAGUAAGUGGAAGAUCUUUGAUGUUUCCUUCAAUGAUUUUAGUGGUGACCUACCAAAUCAAUUCGGAGAAUUCAAGGAACUAGAGCGCCUUGAUCUUUCAUCAAACUUGAUUUCUGGUUCUAUUCCUGCCAAUUUGGUGGAGCUUGCAUCUCUAAGAGAGUUGGAUCUGAGCUAUAACAAAGUAAGCGGGACCAUUCCAGAGAGUAUUGGGCGACUAUCGAAUCUAAAGCUGCUCUAUCUUGAGCACAAUUUUUUGCAUGGAGUUAUAAGCGAACUUCACUUUGAAUAUCUCAAAAGCUUGACUGGCUUAGACAUUUCGUCCAACGAGCUCGUAUUAAAUGUGAGCUCUACAUGGGUUCCACCAUUCCAAGUUCGCGGGAUAGAUUUGUCAGAUUGUAAAGUGGGACCCGAAUUUCCAAAAUGGCUUCAAACACAGAGGAACAUUACCUGGAUGACGAUGUCAAACGUGAGCAUCUCAGAUAGCAUUCCUGAUUGGCUCUUCGACUUCUCCUCUAACAUUGAAUUUGUGAAUAUUGCAAGUAACAUGCUUGGAGGCCAACUUCCCCAAGAUAUUGGAGACAAGAUGCCACGGUUAACAGUAUUGAUACUUCGAGGUAAUAAUAUCACUGGUGGCAUUCCAAAUUCUUUGUGUAAGUUGAAUAAGUUGUCUGUAAUUAAUCUCUCAAUGAACCAACUGUCUGGGAGACUUCCUCGAUGUUGGGGAGCAUCGCCGACAGUGGCAUAUAUGUUUGGAGAUAACAAGUUAAAUGGUCAGAUUCCGAAAUCUUUGUGCCAUAUCCAGCAAUUAUCGCUGCUUAGCCUACAGAGGAAUGGCUUUAGUGGAGUAAUCCCAAGCUGCUUGUCAAAUCUACCUAUAGUGUUCCUAGAUCUCAGCGACAAUGAAUUCACAGGUAGGUUACCUCCAUUUGGGAAACAUUCUCAAUCACUCACAGUGAUCAAUUUGGAGAAAAAUCACCUUGUUGGAGGCAUUCCUCCACAAUUUUGCCAACUUCACAAUCUCCAAUUCUUGAGCCUAGCACAGAAUAAUAUUUCUGGACCCAUUCCCAAUUGUAUCGACGGGUUCUUGUCUAUGGUUGAUUAUGCCCGUCAUUUUGGGGGUUGGCCGAUGCCUAUUGUCGUCAAUGUCAUGGUUGACACAAAGGGAACUCGCCAAAUGUAUAGUGAUACGCUUGUAUACUUCUGCUCAAUCGAUCUUUCGGCGAACAUGUUGGAUGGGCAGAUACCAGAAGAGUUCACUAGGCUCGUCGAACUUAAAAAUCUGAACCUCUCUCAAAAUAAUAUGAGUGGACAGAUCCCCUCAAAUGUCGGUGACUUAAAAAAUUUGGAAUCUCUUGAUCUUUCCAGAAAUAAACUGUCAGGUACCAUCCCUCCGGGCAUAUCCAACAUGGAUUUCCUUAGUCAUCUAAAUCUGUCCUUCAAUAGACUCUCCGGCCCUAUUCCGUCCGGCAACCAUCUACACACUGUGGACGAUGAAUCUGUUUAUCGCGGCAACGACGGACUUUGUGGAGCUCCUCUUCCGAAGAUUUGUCCCGGAGAUGAGCCAUCCGGUAGUGAUGGGCGUGACGGUGCUAAUUCCAGUGAAGGUAAGCCGAGCGAAUGCGAUUUGGACAACCACAAUUGGUUCUAUGCAGGAUUGGGACCUGGGUUUACGAUGGGAUUUUUGGGAUUAUGUGGCACCUUGCACUUCAAGCGAUCUUGGAGGGUCUCUUACUUUCGAGCGAUGGACAGGGCCAUCGAGAAAUUCUUAAUGACAAUGAUGAUCGCCAUGCUUUGGUUCAAGAGAACAUUUGUACGACGCGAGUAG